AUGCCUGAGAUCGCCGAGGUCGCACGCAUUGUGCAUUAUAUUCGCAAACUGCUUGUCGGCAAGACCAUCGCCAAAGUCAGCGCGCAGGAUGACCCGAUCGUCUACGGCAAAGUCGGCACUUCCGCCGCCGAGUUCGAACAGCACAUGACUGGCAAGACAGUCGUCGAUGCCGGCCAGCAAGGCAAGUAUUUCUGGAUGAUCAUGUCGAGCCCGCCCCAUCCGGUCAUGCACUUCGGCAUGACGGGCUGGAUGAACUUCAAGUCAGAACACACGUACUACUACCAGCCCAAGGCGGCCAAGAAGAAGGACGAGCCGUGGCCGCCCAAGUUCGUCAAGUUCAUGCUCGAGACAGAGCCCGAGAAAGGAGAGGACGCCGUCGAAGCUGCAUUCGUCGACAUGAGGAGACUCGCGCGUAUAAGGCUGGUCGAUUGUCCUGCCGCCGAGAUUCGACAGAACACGCCGCUGAAAGAGAACGGCCCGGAUCCUGUCAUUGACAAGGCCGUCGUCACGGUGGACUGGCUCCGGCAGAAGUGCGGGUCGAAGAAAGUCCCCAUCAAAGCCAUGCUGUUGGACCAGGCCAAUAUUUCGGGCAUCGGCAACUGGGUCGGUGACGAGGUGUUGUUCAACGCAAAGAUUCAUCCGGAGCAGUAUGCAAACACACUCAAGGACGGACAGAUCGAGCAGCUGCACAAGGCCAUCCAUUACAUCUGCAGCACGGCCGUGGAAUUGCUGGGCGAUUCCGACAAGUUUCCUGACGAUUGGCUGUUCAGACACCGAUGGCAGAAGGGCAAGAAGAACGCUUCGAACACGUUGCCCAGUGGCGAGAAGAUUGCGUUCCUGACCGUGGGUGGUCGGACCAGCGCCGUGGUUCCCUCGAUCCAGAAGAAAACGGGACCUGUGGCGAAAGACAUGGAUGAAGCGGUGCUGGUCGAUGGAGAGGAUGAGAAGCCGAAGAAAGCACAAGGGAAGAAACGCAAGGCCGUAAAGGAAGAGGAAGAGGAUGACGAAGAAGACGAGGAAGAAAAGCAGCCUAAGAAGCCGAAUAAGCGAGGCAAGGCCAUCAAAGCUCCCGACGAGGACGACGAGGAGAAAAAGCCGAAGAGAUCGAGAAGAGGCAAGAUUGUAAAGGAAGAAGAGAGUGAGGACGAGGAAAUGGAAGAAGACGAAGAGGAGGUGCUACCUCGUAAAACUACCGCUCGGGGCAAGGCGCAAGCGAAGAAAGAAGCAAAGCCGGAGCCCAACGGGAAUGCAAAGCCACUCAGACCAACCAAGGCUGCUGCGAGGAUCGCAAAGGAGACGGCGGAAGAAUUGCCAGCCAAGGGUGCGAAAAAAGCUGGGAAGCCUUCAGCACCUGACGUGACUUCGAAUGCCGCGGGGAGAAGGCGGUCAGGUCGCCAAAGCAAGGCUUGA